AUGACUGGCGACGCCCAUCUUGGAGUCGGAGUCGGAGUCGAGGGGGACGCCGAGGAGAAGAACGCCGCCGCUGACGCCUUGGCGGCGGACGGAGGCGGCGGCCAUGGGUCCGGGUCCGGCGGCGGCCGCAAGCUGUCCCUGGUGCCGCUCAUCUUCCUCAUCUUCUUCGAGGUCGCGGGGGGCCCCUACGGCGCGGAGCCGGCGGUGCAGGCGGCGGGCCCGCUGUACGCGCUGCUCGGCUUCCUCAUCUUCCCCUUCAUCUGGGCCAUCCCGGAGGCGCUGGUGACCGCGGAGCUCUCCACCGCCAUGCCGGGCAACGGCGGGUACGUGCUGUGGGCCGACCGAGCCUUCGGCGCCCUGCCGGGCUCCCUCAUGGGCACCUGGAAGUACGUGUCCGCCGCCAUCAACGGCGCCGCGUUCCCGGCGCUGUGCGCCGACUACCUGGCGCGCGUCGCGCCCGCCGUGUCGGGGGGCCGCGCCCGCGUCGCCACCAUCGUCGCCUUCAACGUCGCGCUCACGUUCGUCAACUACACGGGGCUCACCGUCGUGGGCUGGUCCGCGGUGGGGCUCGGCGUCGCGUCGCUGUCGCCGUUCCUGGUCAUGUCGGGAGCCGCGCUGCCCAAGAUCCGGCCGCGGCGGUGGCGCGUCGUCGCGGGCGAGAGGGACUGGAAGCUCUUCUUCAACACGCUCUUCUGGAACCUCAACUACUGGGACAGCGUCAGCACCAUGGCCGGCGAGGUGGACCGCCCCGGGAAGACGCUCCCCAAGGCGCUCGUGUCCGCCGUCUCCAUGACCUCGCUCGGGUACCUGCUGCCGCUCUUGGCGGCCACCGGCGCCCUCGACGUCGCGCCCGACAGCUGGGGGAACGGGUUCUUCGCCGACGCCGCAGGCAUGAUCGCCGGCAACUGGCUCAAGUACUGGAUCGAGGUGGGCGCGGUGCUGUCCUCCAUCGGCCUCUACUCGGCGACGCUGAGCAGCGCGGCGUUCCAGCUGCUGGGGAUGGCGGACCUGGGCCUGCUCCCGCGCAUCUUCGCGGCGCGCGCUCCUGUCUUCCGCACGCCAUGGGUCAGCAUCGUGGCCACCGCCGCCAUCACGCUGGGCAUGUCCUUCCUCAGCUUCGACAGCAUCGUGGCCGCCGCCAACUUCCUCUACAGCCUGGGCAUGCUCCUCGAGUUCGCCGCCUUCGUCUGGCUCCGCGUCAAGCAGCCCGGCCUGACGCGCCCGUACCGCGUCCCGGCCCGCCUGCCGGCCGCCGUCGUGCUCUGCCUCGUCCCCUCCGCGUUCCUCGUCUUCGUCAUGGCCAUCGCCGGCUGGAAGGUGUACGCCAUCAGCGCUGCCUUCACGGCCACGGGGGUGGCUGUGUACUACCUCAUGCGGUUCUGUAAGGCUAGGGGCUGCCUCAGGUUCAGCGACGGCAGCGACCAUGGGACGGCGGCCGUGUACCAGCAGGACGGCAGCAACGCCGGCGAUGUCUGA